CCCUUCCUGCCACCGCCCCGCGGUUCACGACCGGCUGGGGCCACCACCUCCGGCAGACUCUGUCGCCUGGCAACACGGCGGACGCGGCGGAACACGCGGUCAUGGCCUCCAAGGGGAGCAAGAAGAAGGAGUUGGGCAGCCGCUCCAGCUCCAUAGCGCUGGGCGUCUUCGCCAAAGAUGUAACUGUGUCUUCCAGUGAGAAGUGGAGAUUUCCUAUUUGGCCAGAAUGGAACGAAGCAGAUAUCAAUGCUGAAAAAUGGGAUACUGGAAAAGCUGGAAAAGAGAAAGAUAAAACUGGGAAAAGUCCUACUUCACAUUUCUUUGAGGAUCCUGAAGGGAAAAUAGAGUUGCCAGCAUCUUUAAAAGUACAUUCAUGGAAACGUCCGCAUGAGUUUUUAGCACAUAAGAUACCUGUGAUUGUCAAAAAUGAAGCCUCAUUUGACCUUCUUUCAGAAAAUGAGCAUAUAUUUUGUAGUGAGCUGAUGAGAUGGAUUGUAAGUGAAAUUUAUGUAGUCUGGAGGAUAUAUAAUGAAAAGACCCUAACUAAUGGAACAUCCACACUUUUUUGGAAACCAUGGGAACACAUUUAUGCAUUAUGUAAAGCUACCAAGGGACACAUGCCACUGUAUAAUAACUAUGGAAAAUAUGUAGUGAGACUUUAUUGGAUGGGGUGCUGGAGAAAAAUCAUUGUGGAUGACACUAUGCCUUUCAAUGAAGAGAAUAAUUUGUUACUACCAGCUACAACCUAUGAAAUUGAACUUUGGCCAAUGUUGCUGUCCAAAGCUAUCAUUAAGCUGGCCAAUACUAGUAUAUGUGAAACUGCAGAUAGAGAGAUGGAGGAAUUUACAGUUCUACAUACACUGACUGGAUGGUUACCAGAAGUUAUUCCUCUCCAGCUUGAAUACUUGGACAAAGUCUGGGGCUUUUUGAAAGAGGUUUUGCCAGAAUUCAAGUUGCCAAAUAAAAAAGCUCCCGUACUUGAUACUCCUCAGUCAGAUACAAAAUGUAAAGAGACCGAAGUCUCAGAGUUAAAAAAUGAAGUUUCAUCUGCCAACAAGCAGUCAGAGAAGCCUGAGAAAGCAGGGAAAGCUGAUAAAAUUGGCAAAGAAAAAGCAGAACAAAAAGAAAUUGGAAAGAAGAAAAUCAGAGAUGGAGAUAAAGAAAAGCACAAGUUAUCACUUCAGUCUGCUGAAACCAGAUAUUCUUUUCAGGCCUUAACUGAAAAAUCAUCUGUGCCAACCCAGCCAGAAAUGGUCGUGUAUGCUGGCUGUAUACCACUACAUUUGUUUGAAAAGGAUGUUUUUUCGUUAAAACAGAUGGCUGAUUCUUCAGAGAAACUAAGGCAGUAUGGACUUUCCCACAUAUAUAGCCAUCCUGUCCUGAUCACUAGAACAAGGUCCUGUCCUCUGGUAGCGCCACUACAACCACCACAAGUUCCUCAUUGGAAGCUUUUCCGUCAGAAAAAGGAAACUCUUGUGUCAUCUGAACCCCGAGUGUCUGUGGUAAAGAAACCUGAAGAACAUGUUGAGAUUGCUAGCCUAUUUUUGAAUUACAAAUUGAAUGUUAUUACACUACCCACACACAUCAACUUUCCACAAUCUAUCCUCAAAAAAGGAUUUGAUUCUCUGUCCCGUCUCCCUUCUGUUACUGAAAGUGAUGAAAAUGUGAGAGACAGUAAUGUGGCUGUGAAUCAAAGUGUGAGACAUUCAAAUGCAGAAGAUGAUUCUCAGGAGACCACCCUCAGUGGGCAGCAAAAUGCAGAGACCUUUGAUAAGGAAUUAAAUGAGAAUAUCGGUUUUGAUGCAAAACGGAAAUUAGAAAGAGCUGAUACCAAUACGAACAUCCAGACAGGGGAUAAAUCAAAGGAAGAAACUGAGUCAGAAAGGACUUCUGUUUCCAGGAAAAUCUGGAUGAGUUUUGAAGACUUCUGUGUUUGUUUCCAAAAGCUGUAUGUUUUCCACAAGCCACAUACAUAUGCUUAUAACUAUCUGAAGACGGAUUUUAAGUUUUCUGAUGACCGAGUCCUCUAUUACUUACUUGUGGACAGUCUGAUGCCCAUUGAAAUACUGGUUAGUUUUUCUGCAUUAGUACACUGGUAUGGUACUGGAGGUACUAAAAAGGAAUCUUCUAGUAUUUCAAAGGGUGUGCUGACAAUUGAACGUUUCUCUUGGAAAUGCCUGACUCCUGGAGAACUUCUGUUAAAGAUGCAUACAUCUGCAGCCAAAGCUACUGUGUUAAAUCUUCCUGUUGGGCGACACAUAUUGCUCUUCACAGUAAGUUCUCCCAUAGGGCACCAUAUUCAUCUGUGUAGCAUGGUGCCAUGUGUGUUUGGAGAAGAGGAUACUGUGAUACCGUGUCUUGAAAAGGAGAGCUACCGGUUUAUAGAACAGGCAACAGCUAUCCUGAAGGCUAUUGGAAAUGUGAUAAAUAAUUUCAGCACUAAGCCUGAGCUUUCUAAAUCCUUGAAGGAGUUAGAACUAACUCACUGUCCUCCUAGCAUCCAUGGUACUGGAAUGGCUGAAGAGCACUUCAAGGUUUUCAAUAGUGUAUUUUGGUAUUUGAUCAAAAAUAUAUUAGGCAAGAAGGCUUCCUACAGCUGUAAAUUUGCCUUCAGGUCCUUCACUCUGGAUUUUGAAAACACUGAGGUUUCUGAAGAUGACCUUGUGUCUUCAGAGACUUAUCUGAAGAAUACCCUUGGUAGUUGGCAGAGCCAAAUUCCCACUUCAGAAGAAGCAGCAGCAGCUCUUAAAAUUCAAGCCAUCUGGAGAGGGACCUAUGUUAGGAAAGUAUUGAACAGCAGAAAACCAGGUACUAAAGAAAACACUAAUGUCAAAGAAACAUUGCAAAACCUGUGGACUGCUAUUGAGUUAAAUUUUGAACAGUGUGCUGUAAUGUUGUUAAGAGAAAUGUUUAAAAGAAACUGUAAGUCAAUCGAAAAGUUUCCAUGUUAUGAAGAUGAAUGGUGUAAGAUGUCUUUUGCUGACUAUAAUGGAUCGUACACCGAUCAGCCACCAAAUACAUGGUUUAUGCUUUUUAGAGAAAUAUUUUUUGUUCCAGAAGACAUGCUUAUAGUGCCAAAGGUGUAUACCACUAUCCCUUCCUUUAGACUUCAUGUUGUUGAUAAUGACACACUGGAGGAAAUGCCCCAUGUCUUUUUCAAAGUGGCACCUUGUGUUUAUCCCAAAAAUAAGAAAGGAUACACAUUUAUGGCUGAAGCAUGGACUGGUGACCUACCUGUGGCAGCUGGAAGAUGGAGGCUCCGGCUCAUUGGUUCUCACACUCCGCUCCCAUUUCUCUCUCGUGAUGCUGUAAAUAAUAUCUAUUCUAUUAAAGAAAUUAAAGAGUAUUACAUACCCAAUAACAAGCACUUAAUGUUCAGGUAUUCAGUAAAAGCCACAGCAUCACAUAUUGCUACAGUGCAGGUACAAACCUCUAAAUCAGAUGUGUUCAUUAAACUACAAGUCCUAGAUAAUGAAGUGGAAAUUUUGAGUGUCACGGGAAAGGGACAGGCAGUCAUCCCUGCUUUUAAUUUCUUGAGUAAUGAAAUGCUUUUGAGUUCUCAAUCAAGCAAGAUUAGUCAAAGUAGUACAAGGAAGGAAUCAGAAGUGAAAGGAUCCAAAAAAAAAGUUCAUAAUUCAUCUUCAAAGGACACCAAAACUUCUUUGAAGGCAGGACAUGUACGAGAAGGUCCACCUACAUUAGAAGAUGAAUCUUCUGUCUUGGAAACCUUUCAAAACAAGGAUGGAAGUCCGCAAGAAUCUCAUAAGUAUAUCAUACAAGCAUUGGUGCUGUAUAAUAGUUGGCCACUUGAAGAGAGUGAGUCUCUCUUUGUUCAGGAACUGAAAGAAAUGGAGAAAAAUGAAAGCAAAGUACGUGGGGAAAAGCAUGAGGAGCACAGCUUUCCUCUAACGCUCAGUUUUUCUGAUGUACAUAAGUCUGCAAGUGCUCGUAAAACAACCAGAAAAACAAAAGAUAAGGCAUCUGAGAAGACAGAAAAAGAGAAGUCCAAUAAGGAAAGAGGAUCAAUUCUACCUCUUGUUUCUCCACCUGAAUCUCAGCAAGCUGCUUCAAACAAACCACACUGGACUUUACGUCUAGUUAGUGAACAGAGAGAGGCAGACAUUCUGGAGGUAAAGAAAGACACACAGCGAGCAGAUGAGAUCAAAGCCAUGAAACAAGCAUGGGAGUCUGCAGAGCCAGGAAGAGCUAUCAAGGCUUUUCAGGAACGCAUGCGGUUUAUUAAUAAGUUUGCUGUGGGUUGUUCAGAGGAGCCCACAGAUGGGACUGAGACUGCCAGUAUAACACCUAGUUCAGGAGAAAGAGAUUCUGUUGCCACAGGAAUGCAAGCAUCACAGGCUGAUACUGACUCAAGCUUACAGAUGCAGCAAAACAAAUGGAAGCCUAUAGACCUUAGUCCUUACAUAAGAAAAACAAUGGCAAAGCCUGUGCUAAGAAAUGAGUUUAUCAUUCAACAGCAAGAGAUAAGUAAAGCAGAAAAAAUCAAGCAUUUUAAGGAGCUUCGAGAGCUGGCUUUGGAACAAAGAAAACAAGAACAAAAUGACAGAACUCUGCUGAAGAAAAAUAUACUUGAAAUGUAUGAGAACCUGCAGAGAAACAAGAUGAUGUUGUCCUCCAUCCCGAAGGAUGACAGACAGGAAAGAAUCAGAGAUUCAACUAGGUUAGAAAAGACCUUCAAGAUCAUCAAAUCCAACCUUUACCCCAGGACUGCCAAGACCACCACUAAACCACAUCACUAAGGGCCUCAUCUACAUGGGUUUUGAACGCUUCCAGGGAUGGUGACUCCACCACUUCCCUGGUCAGCCUGUUCCAAUGCCUGAUCAUCAUUUUGGUGAAGAAAUUUUUCCUAAUAUCCAGACUAAACUUCCCCUGGUGCAGCUUGAGGCCAUUACCUCUUGUCCUGUUGCUUGUUACUUGGGAGAAGAUUCCAGCCACCUCCUUUCUCCAUCCUCCUUUCAGGUAGUUGUUGAGAGCAGUAAGACCUCCCCUGAGCCUUCUCUUUUCCAGCCUAAAAAACCCCAGUUCCCUCAGUUGUUCCUCACAGGAUGUGUGCUCUAGAGCAUUCACCCACUUUGUUGCCCUCCUCUGAACACAGUCCAGCACCUCAGUAUCUCUCUUGUAAUGAGGGGCAAAUAGAAAAUCAGGGAAGGAACUAGUCUGCAUCGUAUGAAGUGAGACAAUAGCAUAAAAGCAAGGUGUUUUGAAGAUGCUAUUAGCCAAAAUCAGGGAAGAAGAGAUGGGGUGGUCAGGUAGGACUCAGGACCUUUAAUUUCUGUGUCAGUAAGAAUGUGGGUAGGGACAGUAGUCCAGGGAUAGUCAGGCUAAUCUGAGAAUGGGGUAACAUACAAAUGUGAGCAAGAUGUGUCACUUUGGGCCAGGUCUGAGUGCAUACUCCUCUCUGAAACCUGGGUUCCUCUGCCUAACAUGUGGACUUCUCCCUAAGGGCAAGUACCAAAAUGUUCACUUUUCAGGGGCACAUAAGAUGUGUUUGCUUUACACAUGGUAACCCAGUGGGUGCAGCACAACCCACGGAAAGCAACAGCCAGGCUUCUGUACCUGAGAGAGCUGAAGUGGAUGCUGUCGGUCUGUGACCCACCUAGCAGGACAUCACAGACAUCCUUCCCUGCUACCCUUGAGUUGGGACCACUGUGCCAUUCUCACAAGACCAAAUACAGAGCACAGCAAGACAGCCUGACUCUGUGUAUAAGCCAACCCAUUGCAAAGCUGGAACAUGUGAGGAGGGAUACAGCAGCUGCACUUCCAGGAAUGCUGGUAAGGCUUAACUUGCUAGUAAGUCACAUAAAUGAAGUGUCUGACUAAAGAGACCACUGUUCUGUGGCCUAGAGUGUCCUAGACUUAAUUUCCAUUCCAUGGCUGAACACUCUACAACUGGCAGAAACCAGACAACAUUAGCUAUUGCCAUGGUACAGAGGCAGUCAAAGCACUCAGCUGUAGCAUGGCUAGGAGGAACCAGAAGUAAUUCCUAAAAUCCUAGGAUGGUUUGGGUUGGAAGGGACCUGAAAGACAACGUACAGAAAGCAGGAAGUGCCAAAAGGGACACAAAGGGGCAGUGAAAAAUUCAAAAUCCAUCCAUCCUCUUCUCUACUCUGCCAUGCCAGAGACCACAACACACAACUCUUCCCCUUCAGCCCCCCUGCACUACAGAGAAACCUUGAGUUGGCUCUGGAGACAGCUGUUGGCUGAAGGUAGAAUCAUAGACCUAGAAAUGUAGGAAAGACUAAAGCUGCUCCACUCCCAGCCAUCUACAUAGACAAAGGGAAGAAAACGUGUUAGAGGGUUUUAUGUAUCUUUCUCCAGUUCCCAGGAGUCAUAUUUUUAUGGAAUAAGAGACCAAAAAUUAGUCACAAGUGCCUAAAGCAAUGCUUGUACUUUUCUCUCUCAUGCCACAGAAAUGGCAUGAGGUGAUGUGGGAUUCAGCUUAUAAAGGAACAAGAUGCUGCUUCCUCUCACCUUGUCCUUGCUCGUUGGAGAAUGAGUCUCACAGCACUUCGCUCCCAUUAUCAAAAGCCGUUAUCAUUAGGAGAACAAGGGAAUGUUUGUCUGUUGUUCCAGUGCAAAAGGUAGGUUUCCCAAAAGCACAUUUCUCAGACUUGUUUAAGUAGUUUUCACCUAAACUAUUCAGUGUUAACAGUGCCAA